UUAUUUCUAAAGCAUUGAAUUCUUAGUCUGUUUUGCUGAUUCAGACAAGAUGGAUAGCGGAGGAGCUUAUGGAUGUGGAAAAGCAGGAGCUCCUUUCGAUCCAAUUGUGUUCAUUAAAAGACCACAAAUAAUUAUUCGUGCGUUAUGCCUGCUAUUUGCAAUAAUUGUAUUUGGCUGUAUUAGCAAUAAAGGGUAUUUAAUCGAUUCGGAAGGAAAAGAAAAGUGUCUAUACAACAAUGACGCAAAUGCUUGUAAUUAUGGAGUUGGCAUCGGUAUACUGGCAUUUCUAGGGAGCAUAGGCUUUUUAGUAGGGGAAUAUUUAUUUGAACAAAUGUCUUCUGUAAAAACACGAAAGCAUUAUGUGUUAAUGGAUCUCGGAUUUUCUGGUCUGUGGGCAUUCCUGUACUUUGUAGGAUUUUGUUAUUUGACGAAUGCAUGGAAUAAAUCAAAUCCUCCACCGAACGGAGAUGGUGUUAAUAGUGUACAAGGAGCUAUUGCAUUUUCGUUUUUCUCAAUUUUUACAUGGGUUGGCUGUGCGUGGUUUGCUUUUCAAAGGUAUAAGCAAGGGUCUAAUGCAGCUUUUGCUCCCACCUAUGAAGCGGAUCCGAUAGGAGACACAGGAUACGCAAGUUAUCCUGAUGCCACUGAUAUUACUUAUCAGGAUCCACCUUUCGCUCAACAACAGCGUGGCAUUAGCGAUUUUCAAGCUCCUGCGUAUUAAGGAACGUGAAAAAUUUUUAAUUAAGUUUACGUAUAUUAUGGGUGAAUUUUCAGAUACUAAGCACUUUCGUUCCAUUGCUGAAUAAUUUGAGAAACCAAUUAGGCAAUCAAUAAAAUUUUUUAAUGUUUUUUAUGUAAUUUAAAAAUUACAUUAUUAAAUUAUUAUUAAUAAUUAUUUGUUAAAAUCCUAUAGUUGGUUUGUGUUCUCGUAGAAGAGCAACAAUUAACUUAUUAUCCAUAUAUUAAAAAAUCGUACGUACGAUUUAAAAAAAGUUUUAUAUGCUUAAACCAAGAUUCCGUAUGCCAACUCCUAAGCUGGUAUAUGGAAUCUUGAAUUUUUAGUAUUACAUUCUCUACUGUAAUACUAAAUUAUAAAGAGGUUGUAUACUGACAACAUUUGUACUACUUAGAAUGUUGAAAUCCGAAAUCGGUCUGAUACUGAUCUGGUAUCAGAACCCUACUUGGGUUCAUGUAUGCGAGUGUGAAUUAAGAAAAUAUUGAAAAUGUCCAAAGAUCAUACGUUUGCGCAUGCACUGUAUAAAGUAUUAAAGGAAUUUUUACUAUUUGAAAGAGGGAACGAUUAUUACCCACUUUAAUGAGUCACUUUUACUUAAACAAAUGAUUUUUCAUAUUAAAAAUGUCAAUAUUUCUUGGUUUGGUAAAAUAAUUCCCAUCUUCUAGAUAAUUGCUAUUUUAAACAUGAUAAGUUUACGUUCGGCAAUGAGAAUUUUCACAUCUGCUAUAAUUUCUUAGUCAUUAGUCAUUGUCAUUAUGCUACAUUGAAAGUGGGUACUAUUAUUAUCUACAUUACUUACCUUAUAUUACUACCUUACUUACCUACUAUUACCUACCUCAAAAUCAUCGGAGAUUUGACAAUUAUUUAAAAUGGGAAAAUAACAAAAUUUUAUGUUUUUCAUUUUAGAUUCUGUAUUUUUGCCGCAUUAUAAGAACUGCUAUUACCAACGAUUUUGUAGAUUGAAAUCUCUAUUAGAGAUAGUAAAAAAAAAUCAAGAAAAUUCCGUUAUGACUUUUUACAGUGAGAUGAAUAUCGUUUAAAAGUGAAUUUAUUAUACUUUUGCAAGAUAAAAGAGAUGUUUCCAUUAACGAAAACACUUAAAUUUUAGUCCUAUAAUAUUUUCUUAUUUCACACUCGUAUACAAUACAAAACGAUUAUUAUUUCGUUGGCAAAAUUAAUUUGACAAACAGAGAAGUUGGCAAAAAAAUUAUUAUAAGUUAAUUUGUUUUUUUCAGGAGCGUAAGCAAAAAAUUUUUAGAAAAGAUUUUAUGUAUACUUAGAUUUCUCAAAAAAAUUCAAAAUUUCACGGGGGUGGACGUUUAAACCCCAAAACCCCACUAUGUUUCUUGGGGGGUUAUGUAAAUGUGCCCCCUGGAUCCGUGACAGAAACUGUAAUACAAUAAUAAAUUUCUUUUCGCUAUUUUCAUUUAAGAAAAUGUACUUUUAAUGGCGAAAAUAUUCAACGGCUUCACAGAUUAUAUUGAUUUUUGUGAGAAAAAUUUCUAUUUUUUAUAUAUCUUCACUGGAAAAAAAUUUUUACUGAGGAAAGACUUUUGGCUUGAGUCUGGUUAAGGCGCACCGUGCUUGUUGAAUAUCCGCUAACAGUAAUGGUCCAAUAAAGAUAUUGGUUUUCAAUAUUGCUUAUUAA